AUGGAUUACAGCAGCAUGCAUUGCCAGCAUUGCAUAAGGAUAAUUGCUCUAGUUAGCUGUUUGAUUGCCAUUGUGGCAGGACAGUAUGCCACAGCACCAGGCAUUGAAUACCACUCCAAGGCCUUGGAAAGAGUCUUUGAGGCGCGCAACUUGGAGCUAGGCUUUCCGACGCCAAAGGAACGUGAGCGUGUCCUGCGCGCCGGCCUUUAUGAUCCUGACAGUGUUGUGCCCAUCGAUGUGGAUGUCUACUAUACACAUGGUGACAAAACACCCUCGAUCUUUGUGACAAUACCUCGCUUCACUAAGGGCGUUCCCUACUCCCUGGCCUAUGUCACCAACGAGGUGCGGGAGAACGGCACCGAGCUACGAGCCUAUCCCAGCUACGAUUGGCAUCAAUCUCAUGGCGCUGACUGCAACGGGCUGACUUCCGUUUAUCGCACACAGAUUGACGAGUGCGGUCGCAUGUGGAUACUGGACAGUGGGGAGAUUGACUUUGUGCAGCACUGCCCACCGCAGCUGUACGCCCUUGAUCUGGCCAGUGGGGGCGUGGUGCAUCACUACCGCUUGCCACAAGAUGUGUACAAGACGGGCGUAAGUCGCUUUGUAACGCCCACUAUUGAGAUGGAUGCGAAGAAUUGCGAUGUGGGGCAUGUAUACAUGGCUGACUCCAUUGGAGAUGGCAUUGUGGUCUAUGAUGUGGCUGCCCAGAAAUCGUGGCGCAUCGAGAACAAGUACACCUAUCCGCAUCCGGACUUUGGCACUUUCAAGAUAGCCGGCGAGAGUUUCCAGCUGUGGGAUGGCAGUGUGGCCAUGUCACUGACGCCACACGGACUGGCGGGGCAUUUGGAGCGCAUGCUCUACUUCCACUCGCUGUCCAGCGACUGGCAAAUGGCAAUUCCCCUGAGUGUGGUUAAUAAUGGAAGCAUCUGGAAGCGGAACGAUGUCAGUGCAGGGCUCGAUCAAUUUAUACUCCUAGGCAAACGAGGCAGCCAAUGUGUGGCCGCCGCCAUGAGCGAGACAGGCAUGUUGCUCUGCGGCUUGGUGCAGCCGCCCAGUAUACUGGCUUGGAAUAUACGUCAAUCAUAUACCCCUGAGAAUAUGGCCCUGUUAAUAGAGGACGAGCAACGGCUGCAGUUCGUCAGUGGACUGAAGAUUGUCAGAAACCACGAGGGCAAGGAGGAGAUUUGGGCGCUCUCUAAUCGCUUGCAAAAGGCUUUUGGUACUGGGCUGAAUUUCAAGGAAGUUAAUUAUCGUAUACAGAAGUGCGGCAUCUACGAGCUGCUGAAUGGAUUGCCCUGCCACUAG